CUUAGGACUCCUUUCGCCUUCCAUCUCCUGGUCAUCUCUGCCUCUGGAGCGGUCGCUAUGGUGACGGUGCGCAGGCCGUGGCCCGCCAUGGCCACAGUGCUGCUGGCCCUGCUCUUCUGCCUGGGGGCGCUGGUCGACGCCUACCCCGCCAAACCCGAGGCUCCCGGCGCGCUCGCCUCGCCGGAGGAGCUGAAGCGCUACUACCUCUCGCUGCGCCACUUUCUCAACCUGCUCACUCGGCAGCGGUACGGGAAACGUGACAUCUCGGAAGCUCUCCUCUCCAAACUGCUCUUCCCAGAUGCCGAGGACCGGCCCGUCAAGUCGCGGCCAGAAGGCGCCUACCUGUGGUGAAGACCCCCAAGGCCUCCUGAGAGAUACGCUGAUUCACCAACCUCAUUUGCAUGUUUGCUCCUGACCCCGGAA